ACGUCAUAAUUAUCGCCAUCUUCAGCCUCUGUCAUUUUCACUGUUGUCUCUGUAAAUUGUAGUCGUCAUCGCAGUAAUUUGUGAAGUAUUCGUUGCGUCUGUAGAUCUUGUCGAUUAUUCUUGAUUUAUUCUUGUAUUUGAUAUCUUUAGGAUUAUGGAAGGUGGCGGUGCAGGAGAAGGAGAAAUGGGUGGCCCGCGCAACACUCAGCAAGCGGGUGCAAGCAAAAAGUUGCAGCAAACACAAGCAACAGUGGACGAAGUUGUAGGUAUAAUGAAGGUUAACGUGGAGAAAGUGCUGGAGCGAGAUCAGAAGCUCUCAGAACUUGAGAAUCGUGCUGAUGCUCUGCAGCAAGGUGCAACACAGUUUGAACAGCACGCAGGAAAACUGAAGCGAAAAUACUGGUGGAAGAAUCUCAAAAUGAUGAUUAUCAUUGGUAUUAUCUGUGUUGUCAUCUUGAUCAUCAUCAUUGCUUCGGUUGUACCAAGUUCGUCUUCGGACAGCUCUGAUAAUUCUCCAAAAUGAUAGCAUUGUACCAAAGGGUGGACUGUGUUGUUCCGAUCAACCAUCCUCUCUCUUAGGAUAAGUUAUACAUUCGGUGAUUUGUAGGGGGACUGUAAAGCGCUAGAUGAAACGUAAUUGUGAACUAUAUGUUUAUGUAAUGUUGUGUCAUGUUGUCUACACAUAUAUGUAAAAUUGGGAUCAAAGAGCAUAUUUUUGAGAUUUAAUAUUAUAUCGAAACGUACGCACAAUUACUAAACUAAUAACAAUCAGUAUUAACAUAAGAGUGUGGCCUUAUCUUUUUUAAACAAAUUUAAACAACAUCUCUGGUGUUUUUACAACGUUAAUCUUGUUACAACGAUGCUUAUUAUAAAUUUAUUGAUAUAGAAUAUA